GCCGCAGCUCGAGGUUGAAAUAAGAGGGCUUUUAAAAGAUAUUCCACAAGAAAAAUAUCAGUAUGCAGAAUAAGGAGAACUACGAUCCCAAAGGCCCCCAAAGACAGCUUACAACGCCAGCGGGACAGGCGGGUCCACAGAGAGUUCUGAAGAACCCGGGAUCAGUUGCCAGGGACAUAAGCACUGUCACAGGACCAGGAAGAGUGGCAGCCCCACCCAGCAGCUCUGAUGGGCAACGGUUCUCCAUCAAAAACUAUGACAUUGGGCGGCCACUGGGCAAGGGCAAAUUUGGGAACGUGUAUCUGGCGCGGGAGAGAAAGCUGAAUUUCAUCGUGGCUCUGAAGGUGCUCUUCAAGUCACAGAUGGAGAAGGAGGGUGUGGAGCAUCAGCUUCGUCGAGAGAUCGAGAUCCAGUCACACCUCAAACACCCCAACAUUCUGCGUUUCUACAACUACUUCCACGACCGCACGCGGGUGUUCCUGAUCCUGGAGUACGCCCCGAGGGGCGAGAUGUACAAGGAGCUGCAGCGAUGUGGUCGCUUUGACGACCAGCGCACCGCCACGUACAUGGAGGAGCUGUCGGACGCGCUGCAGUACUGCCAUGAGAGGAAGGUGAUCCACCGCGACAUCAAGCCGGAGAACCUCCUGCUGGGGUUCCGUGGCGAGCUGAAGAUCGCUGACUUUGGCUGGUCUGUCCACGCACCGUCCCUCAGGCGGCGUACGAUGUGCGGGACGCUGGACUACCUGCCCCCAGAGAUGGUGGAAGGACGCACCCAUGACGAGAAGGUGGAUCUGUGGUGUAUUGGGGUGCUCUGCUACGAAUGUUUGGUGGGGAACCCACCCUUUGAGACAGAGAGCCACCAUGACACCUACAAACGCAUCACAAAGGUGGACCUGAAGUUUCCCAAGGUGGUGUCGGACGGGGCGCGGGACCUGAUCUCCAAGCUUCUGCGCCACAGCCCGUUCAUGCGCCUCUCACUGCAGAACGUCAUGGAGCACCCCUGGGUGCGACAGAACUCCCGCCGCGUGCUGCCCCCCACCUACAACGCCAAGUAGCCCUGAAAAAAGAUGGCUUUGUGCACAACUUACCCCCUGGUGCUGAGCUGCUGCAGGGGGGACCUCCAUGGAUGUAGAAGGCGCUACUGUAGCCCCCCUCCAACAUCUCCUGUUACCCUGCCAUGCAUUCUUGGCCUGACCGCAGCAGAACCGCUCCUGAGUCAACCAGAGAAAGGGCACUCCGGUCAAAAGCCUGUCUUUUGGUAUGUUGUAUAAUUUGUAUUGAGGAUUACGUUGACUGAGAGUAAUGCCCAAAACCACCUCCCCUGUCCCCCUCCCCCACGACUUGAUGUCACUGGAUUAAGCACUGAUCU